GUAAAUCUUAGUUUACUUCCAAUUCUCUUCGUUUGUCUGUUGACUUAGUACACCGUUUCAAUAUAAAAUAUAUCAAUCAUGGGUGGAUUUCGUCUUCUUGACUUGGUUCAAUUCUUCUUGCCAGUGUUACCAGAAAUCGAAUCCCCAGUAGAAAAGAUUGCCUUUGAUGAAAAAGUAGUCUAUACUGUGGGUGGUGCUUUCAUUUUCCUUUUGGGCCAAUUGCCUUUAUAUGGUUUAGUUUCCAAUGCUCAAUUUGCCAUUGUGGAUCCAUUGUAUAACAUCAGAUCAAUCUUUGCUAUGGAAAAGGGAACCCUUUUAGAAUUAGGAUUGUUACCAGUUAUCACUGCUGCCUUCAUUUGGCAAGUUGCUGCUGGUUUAAGAUUAAUCAAUGCUAACUUGGGUUUAAGAUAUGACCGUGAAUUAUUCCAAACUGGUCAAAAAUUAACUGCCUUUGCCUUGGCUGUUGUUUACGCUGCUGGGCUUAUCUACUCUGGUUAUUACGACAAUGUUAUUCGUGGUUAUGACCCAUUGAAGGACUCCACUCCAAUUGGUUCCUACGUUUUGCUUUUCACCCAAAUUGUCAGUUGGUCUUGGUUAGUCACCUUGAUGGUUGAAAUCUUUGAUAAGGGUUACAGUUUUGGCUCUGGUGUUUUGAGUUUCUUAACCUUGCAAGUUGCCACUAAUACCGUGGCUGAUCUUAUUGGUAUUGAAGUUUUCAAGGUUUUCAACUCCAACAAGUCUGAAAGUUAUGGUGCUUUAAUGAACUUGGUUAGAAACUUUUCUCUCUUUAGUCCAAAGAAAAACGCUGCAACUAUCUGGCAUGCAUUCACCCGUAUCCAAUUACCAAACUUGAAUCAAUUCUACAUUUCUUUGUUAACUAUUGGAGGUGUUAUUCUUUUACAAAACUACCGUAUUGAAAUUCCAAUUAGAUCAACAAAGGUUAGAGGUAUGAGCAAUGUUUUCCCAAUUAGAUUGUUAUACACUGGUGGAUUACCUGUCUUGUUUGCCUUUACUGUUUUGGCUAAUGUACAAGUCUUUGGAUACUUUUCUACUGUUGUCUUGUCAAAAUUGGGUGCCCCACAAUUGUUAGUAUCCUUAUUGGGUAAAUUCGAAUUAAACCCAACCUCAAACAACUUGAACUUAAAGACUGGUAUUUUAUUCUACUUGUCAAACUCCACUUCCUUACUCCAAACCUUAUUGUCUCCAAUCAAGACCGUUGUAUACGCAUUCUCCAUUGUUGUUUUAUCAGUUUGGUUUGCUAACAAAUGGAGUUACAUUUCUGGUUCUUCUCCAAAAGAUAUUGCUAAGCAAUUCAAAGACCAAGGUAUUUCCAUUUCCGGAAAGAGAGAUAUCUCCAUUGCAAAGGAAUUAGCCCGUGUUAUUCCGGUUGCUUCCGUCAGUGGUGCUUUCCUCUUAGCUGGUUUGGCCGUUGCUGGUGAGUUAUUGGGUGGAUUAGGUAAGGGUGUAGCCACUGUUGUUGGUGUCUCCUCUGCUUUUGGUGUCUUGGAAGAAUUCAUGUUGGAAUACCAACAAAGUGGUGGUUCUCAAUUCACCAGUGCCCUUUCUGGUUUACAAUAGUUGAGAAUACCCCAAUUGGCAACCAAAAAAAGAAAAACGUUUCGACGUGAUAUUUUGAUACAUUUUAAUUUUUUUUUUGCACAUUUAAUUUUGUAUACAGUAAAAACCAUGAGAUUAAUAUACAUUGUACUAGU